AUGAGUCUGGGUAUCAUGGAGGAGGAGGAUCUGGCCGAGUACUUCCGGCUGCAGUAUGGGGAGCGGCUGCUACAACUGCUGCAGAAGUUCCCCACCAGUGAGGAGCAGUGGGAGUCCCCAUCCAUCCAGCUGCUGGAGAAGAAAAAGGAGGCCAAGAUCAUGCACCAGGCUAUGGAGCAGAAGAAGAAGAUAUUUCAGCGCAGAAUGGAAAGCUUGAACCUGUGCUGGGAGGAACUGGGCGUCAAGGAGGUCCAGCUGAAGGCCCAUAUCCAGAAAUUUGAGCAAUUCAUCCAGGAGAACGACCAGAAACGGAUCCGCGCCCUGAAGAAAGCCCACAAGGAGCAGGAGCUCAAGAGGCAGCGCUUGCACGAGCUGGCCAAGGCCAAGCAGGAGAUCGUGGCCCUGCGGCUGGAGCUCCAGCAGCUGAGCACCAAGCUGCAGGACUACUCCAUCUUCAACAAGUUCCUGGAGAAGGUGGUGGAGAACUCCGAGUUCGAAGAGAUCCACGAGGUGAUCGCUCGCUACAAGACGCUCGUGAGCAUGCACCACGACCUCAUGCAGGCGGCGCAGGAGGGCCAGGAGAAGAUCGAGCGCGCCAAGGCGCGGCUGGCGCGCUACAUGGAGGAGAAGGACGACGAGACCCUGCAGCACAACAACGAGCUGGCGCGCCUGCAGAUGCGCUUCGACCGCGCCCGCAGCGACGUCCUCGUCUGGGAAUCUCGCUGGGCGCACAUCCAGAACACCGCCGCCAAGAAGACCCUCUUGCUUGGCACCAUUAAGAUGGCAACGCUGAACCUCUUCCAGAUCGUGAGCAAGCAGCUGAAGGAGUCGACCCAUGUGUCCCUGGAGGACACGCACAAACAGCUGGACAUGAUCCAGCAGUUUAUCCAAGACCUGUCAGACAUCUGGGCAGAGGUGAAGAAGAAAGAGCCACAGUCAAUUCGGGUUUAAGGAGCAGCGAUGGCUGCAGAAUGUUCUGAGAGAGACUGAGAAUAAGUUCCUGGUAAGCUUACAGUCCAGUUAGCCCAGCCCAGCCCUCUGGGACACCUGUGCCUUUCUGCUGGUGAACACCCUGGCAUUUUGCUUCUUCGGUUUGGU